AUAAAUCAGAUAUAGUUACAGAGGGCAUUCAAACUUGGUUUAUAAUAGAUUGUACUCAAAGCAUGCUUAAUUCGGUUCAAAAAGGCUUAUAAACUUGGGACGAAUUACAAGGUACAGUAAAACACGGACAAUGGGAGUUCUAACUAUCGCUGGACGGAUAGUGCUGGUUGUCCUGAACAUCAUCCUUAUCAUUGUAUCGCUUCUUCUAAUUGUUUUUGGAUUCAUCCUAAAGUUCGGAAAUGAAAUUGUACGACCUUAUAUUAAAGAGACGUUGGAGUCAAUCGAGAAUGCUGCCAAAAACGUGUACAGCGACAGCGAUUUCAACACGGAAGCGUUCGAUAUUGGUGCUAUGCUGUCUGACCUGACAGUUGUUAUGAUCGUGGUCGGCGUUGCUCUCCUUGCUUUCUCCUUUGUUGGAUGUUGCAGCGCGUGUUGUAACAUCAGCACUCUGGCUCUUGUGUAUGCCAUCGUUCUUAUUGUGCUCCUGUUGGCCCAGGUCAUUUUGGUCAUCCUUGUGUAUGCUGCUCCUGGUCUGCUAAAGGAUAACCUCAACAAGGGCCUCGACAAGACGUUUGACAAAUACGAGGGCCUCAAAAGCAAAACCACAACAUCUGUUGGCUGGAACUGGGCCAUGCAAUAUUACGAUUGCUGCGGAGGCCGUAGCUACAAAGAUUUCGAAAACAAGGGUACAUGGAAAGUGAAUGACGCUACUGGGCAGAGCUUCGUUCUGCUUACUCCCGUUGCGUGUUGCAAGGCUCUACCUGGAGACGGUGCUGGCAUCGAUGACUGCGCUGGAGACACAGACAACGCGGCUUUUGACACGAUUGCUGAAAUAAGUGCAAACUCUAAUGCUGAAAAGGGUUGCACGGAGGCAAUUUUCAAGAAGGUCAUCACAGACAACAAUGUGGGAUUUCUGACCGUGAUUGGCAUAUUUUUCGCUUGUCAGAUUGCACUGAUCAUUUUUGCAAUGCUGAUCUUCAAAGACCGUGGAAUAACUGGUGGCCUUGUCUAAAAGGGAGAUAACCUUCUUCACUACAUUAUCCUUACUUGUCAGAGUUAUUCUCAAUGAAAGGUCGUUAUCAAUAUAGACAGAAAAUUAUCUUAUGCUGUGGUGAAGUUAAUACAUAACAGUUCACUCGUAAAAUUCUUUACUCAUGAAAGAAUCAUUAGCUUUUCUUAUUUAGAGUAUAAUUUUCAUACAACGCGAGCGUCCACCACGUUUACAACCUUGCUUUCUAUAGUUUGACACAGUUCGAUAUAACGUUAUUAUGAUAUGUUUUCAAUUAAAUGGAAUACUAAUAUGUUAAAUACACCGGACACGUAUUCCAGAUGACGAUUAGGUCUUUCCGUUAUCAUUUCUUUUGUUUUGCUGGUUGAAAAUGUACAUACACUUGAAACCUGUUGGCUCGAACUCCCAGAAACCGGCGAAAAUACAUCGAGCCUCGAGAAAUUCGAGCCAAGCGGUACCAGGUAAUGCUUACAUUUAGAAGACAAAAAUCGGUCCUUAACAUUCAGGAAAUCGAGCCAAGCGGGUUCGAGACAGCGGGAUAACUGUAGUUAUUUUGUUAUAACGUUGUCCUGAUAAUUUCAUAUACGUACCACACAUUUUUCAAAACUGUUUUGUAAUAAAUGUAGGACUUGGGUCGUAGGCUUAUCAGCCCUUUCUUUACACAGUAACGCUAUGCAUUAAACACACGUAAUUCCAAAUUAAUUUGAAAUAAAAACAACACUAUGUUGUUUAGAUACACAAUCAUUCUGAGACCAUCCCUUAUCUAAGUUUACAAAUCUUUGUAUUAAUACUAACUUAAACUUUAAUAACAAAUUGUACGUCAAUAUCGGAAGAAAAAAGGAAUAUAUUACAGCAUAAUGCGUCACGUCAGACUAAAAUAGCAAUGUUGAAAUCAAAAAGUUUCGUUUCUUGAAAAGGGUCGGAGUGACGACCCCUAUAUGGCGCCCCUGUACAAAUGCAAAAAAAAACAACAACUGCUCCAGUGAUUGGCAUUUAUUAUCAUAUUAUUUAAGACAGUUUUAACACUAAUUAUGUUAAACAUAGUACGUCCGUCCACAUCAUAAUUAGUUCAUGCUUUGUUUUGUAUUAAAAUAUGUUUUUGCUUUUGUAUACUCUUUCAUUAUUAUUUGUUAAAAGAUUUGAUCAUGGUCAUAUUGACCUUUCUGUUAUAUUCACAUUCCAUGAAUAAAUGAUAGAAGUGUG